UGAUAAUGAUGAUAACGACAAUGACGAUGAUGACAAUGAUAAUGAUGAUGAUGUAUGUGUGUAUGUGUGUGUGUGUGUAUGUUACAACUCCUAUAAUUAUCAUGUUUCUUUUUUUCUUUCUCUUUUCAGGUGGUCUGUAUGACAGAUUCCAUACAGUCUGACUAAGGUCCAAUCCGAAACGUCAGCGUUUACAGAUAACCAUCAGGGGGUAACCAAAACAAAUAUAUUUCCUUGGUCGCUGUAUCGAAACGCACACAAAGAUCAGUACCAAUUUAGCAUUUUAAGGAAAAAAGAAAAAAAAAUUAUAAUAAUAACAACAACAAUAAUAAUAAUAACCAUAAUAAUAAUAAAAACCUCCUCCAUAUCCUCCCACCCUAUUUUUUCAUCUUAAUAAUAAUAAUAAUAAUAAUAAUAAUUCAACCACAUUUGUAAAGAAAAUCAUCUCAGCCAAGGAAUUAAGAAAAAAAUAUCUCCUUCACUCAUCGAAUCACCUGAACCAUCCAACCACCUCUUCACCCUUUCACUGAUUAUAGUAAUAACCACUACUACUACUACUAUUACUACUACUACUACUACUACUACUAUUUAUACUGCUGCUGCUGCUAAUAUCAAUGCACUUUACUGCUGAUAGCUCUUGGAAAAAAAAAAAAAUUGUGAGAAAAUAAAUAAGCACAACCAUCUCUGCCGUCAUCACAUCAAAUAAAAAAAAAAAAAAGAACCGUCAUCAUCUUUAUACUUCGUCAAUUUUGGUCGCUGUCAAGCAUCAUUGUUUUGUGUUUGUCUCGAAAAAAAAAGAGAAAAAAGAAACCGGAAGGAAUAAUAAUAAAAAAAAACUGUACAAAAAACAUUUCUGUCACAACGUCCAUUAUUAAUAUUACUACUAGUUCUACAACUAAUAAUAAUAAUAAUAAUAAUAAUAAUAAUAAUAAUACCACAACAGACGCCACACUAUAUUACAUAGAUAUAGGAAUAUAUAAAUAUACAUAUGUGUGUAUAUAUAUAUAUUUGUAACAACCAGAGAAGGAAGAUAGUAAUUCUGUAGAUUACUGCUAUAACUGCUGCUGAAGAAAACUUCAAGAAAGACAAAGAAAAAGACAUCAAAAGUUGAUCAAAAAGAAAGAAAAAAAAACCAGUUUAAAAAGAGAAGAACAAAAUAACCUUUUAAACCUUUGAUACCUCAAAGAAUUUCCUUUAAAAACCCCUUUCUCUUUAACUCAUCAUCAUUUUCUUCUUUUCUUUCUUUCUUUUUUCAUGAAUCUUCUCUGAGAUUUCUGUAAAAUGAUUUUUCUUCAAUUUUGCUUGGAACUUCCAUUUUUAUCAGUCCUCUGAGAAGAAAAAAAAAACAAAAUUCCAAAAUUCUCCUGAAUUCCUUAUGAAAUUUCUUUCCGAUUUUGCCCUUGAAUCUUUUUUCUUGAUCUCUCGAAAGUCUAUUUGAAAUUUUCUUCGAAGAAAAAAAAAUUUGAUAUUUUUUCGAAAAUUAUAAAACUAUAAAAAAAAAAGAAAGGAAAAGAAAAAGAAAUUAAUAUAUAUAAUUAAUUCAACACCAUCUCAGCUAUGAUCCCUUCAGUAGUCAACACCUCAAGUAAUUCAUUAAUGUGGAAUUCCAGCAAAGACAUGAACACGAUGUCUUUAGUUUCUUCAUCAUCUUCGUCCUUGUUGACUAUGAUAAUGGCUAACAUGAGCUCAUUGGAUGGAGAGAUGUCUGUGUCCACAGAAAACCCACCACCGGUCAGCAUGCGAUGGGGUAUGUUAUCACUAGUUUUUGUGAUCAUCUGUGCUGCAUCGGGUAACCUGCUCGUCUGCAUGGCGGUCUGCUGGGAACGAAGGCUACAGAAUAUGACCAACUACUUCCUUAUGUCUCUGGCUAUUGCAGAUUUCCUCGUCUCCAUUUUGGUGAUGCCGCUUGGGAUGAUUGUCGAAAUUUACGGAUUUUUCCCGAUGAAUCCACACGUCUGUCUCUUUUGGAUCACCACAGAUGUUCUCAUGUGUACAGCAUCCAUCUGGCAUAUGUCAACCAUGUCCAUGGAUCGAUUCUUCACCCUGAAAUACCCAAUGCGGUACGGCCGCAACAAGACCAAGCAUAUGGUGUGUGUGAAAAUCCUAUUUGUGUGGUUCGUCUCCAUAGCAAUCAGCUGUCCAAUGAGCAUCAACGGUUUGCUGGACACACGGACAGUAUACAACAAUGGCAGCUGUCUGCCAACCCUGCCCACUUUUGUCAUAUACGGGUCUGUAUUUGCCUUCUAUAUUCCUCUCCUGAUCAUGAUUGUCACCUAUGCCCUCACCAUCCAGAUCUUGUGGGAUAACCAGAACUUGAUGAAAAGCAUUGAAAAGUUUGAUCGGAGGCCGGCUGUUAAGAGCAACGGUUCUGUGAAAAAGGAUGUUUCCAUAAUAUCAAGGUCACAAGGGGACGGCACUGCCGAAAAUCGAAACCGAGCAGUAUUGUCUGAAACUGAUGGACCUGAUACGCACAUUAUUGGAAUCAGUGAGAUUGGACAAGCUGGGGGAGAGGGAGCGCCAUCUGUACAAAACCAACAGCAGGAUACAAAGACUUCCCGUGCCAACUGGACCCAAUGUGAUAGCGUUCGAAAUUCAUUUGACUCAGCUCAGACCACCAUCACAACCUGCACACUUGGCUCUGAACAGGGCACCAAUGCAACCCAGGCAAAUGCUGCUGAAUCUAUUCCUGCUCUUAUUGACAACAAAAAGAUGCGACGCAAGAGCCUACAGCUCCCCCUGCAGAAGCGACGCUGCUCUAAAGUUCACUUUGAACGAGUGCCAUCUGCUGACCAGGUGAAAGAAGAACCAAAGCCACAGCCAUUGUACAGCUCAAAGUCCUACUCCCAGAUUAUGGACAUCAACCAUUGGAAAACUUCUUCACUUUUCAAGCAUCCUCUGCACCACAGUUACCAUGGCCUCAAUAACAACAUCAUCAACAUGGACUUCAAUCAAAGCUAUUUCCACAUCCAAGAUGAAACCGGCAUCAAUUUCUUGGGUAAUGAAAGCCAGAACGAAACUGAAGACCAGAUGGAGGUCGGAGCUGAAGCAUCUUAUUGCCGGCCAGUUAUGCUGGCCAAACAGAAUGCUGUAACCUCAAUGGAUGAACCUAUUUCGGUGAAAAGUGAAAGUGUCAGAAUAGUGAAAACAACAGUUAAUGUGGCCACGGAAACAAGUAAAGUUGGUUGUACAACACCUGAAGAAUGUCCCGAAAUUCCUGAAGGUCAACAACUGGUUGCUUAUAAUGCUCCAGUCGGGACAAUGAACAAGAACUGCAAGCAAGAUUAUCACACAAUGAAGAGAACUUUCCGCAACUUCAUCAAAGAACACAUAAUGAGGGCAAACAAGAAACCGAAAAUUCAGAAAGCAUUCCGGCAUUUACUCAGCAACAAAACAGCCAGCAAUGAAAAAAAGGCCCUCAAAGUCUUGGGCAUCAUCUUCGCUGUUUUUGUCGUUUUGUGGACACCAUUCUUCAUUGUAAAUAUCUUGUCGGCCACCUGCAAAGACUGUAUGUCAAAAAUCACUCCGGAAAUGAUGUCAAUUUUCUUGUGGAUGGGUUAUAUUGCAUCUCUGGCAAACCCUCUCAUCUAUACCAUGUUUAAUACGGCCUUUCGUAGAGCCUUUGUCAAGAUCCUCACCUGCAAGUAUCCAUGUAGCCAGAGACAAAACACUGAAAGCUCUUGUCUGAGUUUUACUGCCUCUUGGCAUUUCGACCGAAAAAAUACCAUCAUGAUGUUUCUGAAGGAAGAACUUUCAUAAAUUUCAAAGAAGGAAAGGAGAAAAAGAAGAAAAUUCCAGGAAGAAAGAAAAUAAAAUCAUGAGGAAAAUAACAAAAUAAAAUGAAGAAAAUUUAUAAAUGUUGAAGACAUCAUAACAAUAUUUGGCGCUGCGUCUAAUGUGGAAAGAAAUAUUGAGGGAGAGGCACACGGGGAGACAAUGCUCACCCCUUGGUGCCACGACAUGAAACAAUGUUUGUUGGUUUGUUUGUUUUCAUCUAAAUGUUCACUUUCCUUUGAAAAACCAACAAUUUGUGAAUGAAUAUCAUCCAAAAUUUUUUACCAA